AUGGCCAGAGAUCCGCUGAUAAUGAUUCCUAUGUCAUUGGGUUUCAUCAGCGUGACCGCUUACGGGGAGGGAGAGCUCUACAAAUUCACUUAUAGUUCCUCAUCACCAAACAUCUGGGAUACCAAUAAUCGGCAGCUGAUGGACGGACUAGUAAACUCCAUUGGGAUCCCCUUUUCUACCUACGACAACGAUAAUUCCGGCUCCAACUGCCCCAACAUCAGCCAGUCAGGAUGGUGGUUCAACGGUUGUUAUACAUACAAUCCCACCGGUCAGCCACAGCCACUGUCGGUGGUCGACCAGACCAGUGACCCAACGUCGCUGACAUGGCCACAUGCUGACAACAAGGCUCCCGUCAAGAUAGAAAUAUACAUAGAAGAAGAUUAA